GACGGUAUUCUAAAGUACGUCGAUCUUCCCUUCUCGUUAAGUGUGUACAACGUACCCGUAUUUGUCCAACAGCAGGGCACGGUCUUCCAUGUAUUAAUUUUUGGAGGGUUAAAAUGCUUCCCUUCAAAACUGUUUCUAGUUGAUUUCAGAGCAGCAAUAAUAGUUGUAAUUUUAGAGGUCCGCAAAUGUAGUGCUUACAAGACGUCACUAUGUAAAACUUUCAAGGAAACGGGUUCUUGUGAUUCAGGGCCUUCCUGUCAUUAUGCGCAUGGUGAACAAGAGCUCAGGAGUCCUCCUAAGGCUCAUCCUAAGUACAAAACUCAACUCUGCAAAAGUUUUGCUGAAUUUGGGACCUGUCCAUAUGGAUCACGGUUUACGCUACAGUGCUUCGUUUAUGGACGGUUAAGAGAUUUAUCUGGCGAUUGUAGUUCCGCGGCGUCAAGACCUUGCAGUUCAGUCUCUGAAAUGGUGGAUGUUGCAUCUUCAUUUUCUGCUCUAUCUCAUUUAAUUCCGCAUUAA